UUCCGCUUCCGCCCCGCAGCGGAAGAGCCGGUGGCGCCAUGGCCUCAAGGUUACUGCGGGUGAGCGCGGCCCUGCGGCUCCUGCCCGGCGCCUCCGCCCGCGCUGCGCCCGCGCGCCAGCUCGGCGUGCCCGGGAGCUUGGCCAGCGAUGAAGAACAGGCGACUGGGAUGGAGAGGAAGGUCAUGGAGGCCCUGAACAAGGGCCUGGUGAGUGCGGGGGCACCCGGGGGGGUGAGUGACCCUGCUGUCUGUGUGUCCCUCUGGUCUGUGUGUCCAUCCUGUCCCUGUGUCCACAUGUCCAUCCUUGUUCCCAUGUCCACGUGUCUGUCCUGUCUGUGUCCAUGCCCUGUUCCCACAUUUCUGUCUCUGUUCCCGGGCCCCAUUCCUGUCCCUGUGUCCAUGCCCUGUCCCACUCUGUCCCUGUCCCCAGGUGAGGAGGACAACAGCUGCGUGGUUUGGUUCUGGCUGCACCAGGGCGAGGCCCAGCGCUGCCCCUCCUGUGGGGCCCACUACAAACUGAUCCCCCAUGAGCUGCCCCACUGAGGGGGGCUGUGGGACGCCCCCCGGGGCCCUGCUGAUCCCCCCCUGCACCUGAGCCCACGAUAAAGAGAUGGUGGGGAGACUCUGA